AUGUGUUUUACUGAUCCUACACUUCCUUUAUCAACCUCCAUCAGGAAGUUGCUGAAGAAAGUUCCCCCUGACCUCCAAGAGCGGCUAUGCAGUCUUGCCUCUAGAGUUGAAGAACAUGUGAAUGGAGCAGUUGGACCAUGUGGAGGCUUUUCGGACACUUAUGCAGCUUUAUGUGACUUCAAUGAGUUCCCUUGCUGUAUGGAAGUUCAGUGGGACGUCGAUAACAUUUACCAUGUUCAGAACUGUCGGGUUUUCAACCUCAUUGACUUCAGUCAUUUAGACAGCAGCCUCUUUAAGUUCCUAUCUGCUCCAAAUGCAGUUUCUCACCUGGACCUCAGCUACGCAGAUUGCCCUCUAGACACAUUGUUUGUGUCUCUGUCUGCGGGCUGCUGCACUACUCUGAGCUACCUCAACCUCUCCAGGAACACUUUUUCUCAUAGGAAAGUACGAGAGGUCACACGCAGUGUGAGGGAUUUCUUCAGCAAGAGCACUGUGUUAAAAUACGUGGGAUUGUCUGGAACUAAACUACCUCCAGAAGCUCUCAGAUUGUUACUACAGGGCUUGGCCACCAACACUCAUCUAUCUGAGCUGGAGCUUGACAUCAGCUGCUGUGAGCUGAGGUCGGCUGGAGCUCAGGUAAUUCAGGAACACAUCUUUGAGGCCAAGGCCAUCUGCAGUCUGGACCUGUCUGACAACGGUUUUGAGAGCAAUAUGGUUACUUUAAUUCUCUCCAUUGGUCGCAGUCAUUCAAUUCGGCACCUUUCAAUUGGACGCAAUUUUGCCAUGAAGUCUAGAGCUCUUACAGAUGUGUUACACCGCCUUGUACAGCUAAUUCAAGAGGAGGAGUGUCCACUGGAGUCUCUCUCUGUAUGUGAUUCAAAGUUGAAAACUGGUACCACCAUCCUCAUCAACAGCCUGGGCAGCAACGCCAGCCUGUUCAAGAUUGAUAUCAGUGGAAACUGUAUAGGUGACACUGGAGCAAAGAUGCUAGCAAAGGCCCUCAUGAUCAACACCAAGCUAAAAACACUGGUUUGGGACCGAAACAGUGUGACUGCUGGAGGAUUUAUGGAUGUGGCCAAUGCCAUGGAAAAAAACGUGACACUACAGAGCAUGUCCAUUCCAAUGAGUGAUGUUCUUCAAGCGUACCGAAACACCCCAGAGAAGAUGGACGAGGCUUUACAGAAAAUCCAGACUUUUUUACACAGGAACAAUCAGAGACAGUGUAGAACAGGUGAGGAUAUGUGCCAUCUGCAGCAUGGACUGAAGACCACUCGCUCUGAACAGUUAUUGCAGGACCUCUGUAAGAAACUACAGGAAAGUGUGCAUCCUUUAACCUGCUACAAUAUACAAGAGGUGCAGUCGGACAUCUUGCUUGCAGAGGAAGCGCUUCAACAUGCAAAGACGGCCAUUAGUUCUUUCGCAGGGCUUUAUGAGUUGGGCAGAGCGCCCUCUAGUGGUCACAUGCUGAAAUGCAUUCUCAAUGAUGCUGCUAUUGCCUUGAGGAAUGAGAUCACUGAGGAAAUCCAGGAACUGGCAACGGCAAUGCUGCAGUCUGCCCAGCUGACCUGCCCCAGAGUCGUCCAGAGGUCAAGUGUCAGUGAGCAUCUGGCAGAAUGUGUGGCCAAGAAGACACGUCAGGCUGCACACUUCAUUCAAAACACAAUGCAAGAGACAGAGAACAGCAUCAGAAACAAGCUCAGUGAACUGAAACUGGCUGUCAGUGUCUCUCUGGUGGAAAGUAUAAUUGGUGAAGUUCUUCAGGAUUUGUCAGUGGCUCAGGAAAAGCUGGACAAGCACAUGAGGGAGUUUUCCCAGUCCACCAAUAUCAAGGCCAAUGUUCCUCAGCUCAGAGUGAUGGAGCAUGAAUUCCCUACAGAUGAUUAUGUCCCUGUAAACUGGAGAAACAGCUUCCACUCCCGUAGCAUCCGUCCCGCCCCUUCCAUCAAAAGUUUGUUAGAUGUGGAAGGGGAACAGCAGGCGCGAAUGGAGGAGAGGAGGCGGGCCCUGUCGUUGUCAUUGGCCACGGGGAUGUCAGUCACGACGGCAGGCCAGCUGAAGCCAGGAAGCCCCUCCUACUCGGGGAGAGAGGCGGAUGCUGCUGCCGCUCCCGCUGCUGCUGCCGCUCUUAGCAACAGAGAGCCCCGGCGCUCGGAGCCUGCACCUCCUCAGCCCCCUAUGGACCUGCCCAUCGAAGGACACACACUGAGGCACUACACCCGCUCCAGGCCCAGACCCAACCGCCGGAACAGGCAGCCUCCCAGCAAGCUGCAGGAGCAGGCAGCUGAGAGCGAGAAUGAGGCCAAUGAGAACAUGGGGAGGGUUGAUGAAGGUGUAGAAGAGUUCUUCACCAAAAAAAUCAUCCCUGAUGACCCCCUAAAGCACCAGAGGGAGGAGCCCCUCAUUAAAGCACAACCUGCAGAGCCCACGUCUGUCACAACUGCCCCUCCUACCACCUCCACUACAACACCCAUCCCCACCACAGGCCACUCCAAAAACAUUAAGAAGAAGUUUGGUGACUUUUUCGCCUUUAAGAAAGUCCGAGCAGGUCGAGGGGCCAAGGGCGACGGCGUUCCUGAGGGCAAGGUCAAAAAGACUUCAAUAGCAGAUCUCAUCCGACCACUCCGGGAGGCAGCACGUGCAGAGAAAGAGCGAGAAAAGGAAAGGGAAAGAGAAAAAGAGAGGGAACGAGAGAAGGAGAAAGAAAGGGAGAGGGACAAAGAGAAACUGGAUGAGGAAACCAUAGUCAAGGCAGCCACCACCACCAUCCUCACCAUCACAGAUUCAACAACAACUGCACCAGUUAUUGAGGACAAAAUGUCACCCAGAGCUCCUUCACCUGCCCCCACACCUGUACUGACCCCACCUGCAUCCACUCCCACACCUCCUGCCUCCUCCCCGAGCAAAACCGAAGAGGUCCCAGCACUGUCCCCUGCUGCACCUCCCACUCCCACCAAAACCCCCAGCCCAGUCCCAGUUGUGUCACCCUCAGAGCGGGAGAAGAGCUGGACCCUGGAGAAGAGCCGCACUCCAGAUGGAGAGCGGAGGCCCAAACCCAUCCGCCGCUCUCUCAGAGAGGGCAAAUCACAGUCCCUCAUCCUGCUCUCAGACGUCUUGCCAGAGCAGGAUGGCACAGCCACGCAAGUAAAGAAACAUGCCUCAGAGAGCUCGUCCAGCUUUGAACAGCGUCUCCAUGUCAUGCUUCACCGCAUGGGAGUCACCAAAACAUCUCCUACUGACACCAAACAGAGCCAGAGCAAGGAUGAGGAGCUGAGGAAAGCCAACUCUGAGGGGGCAAUACUUGACAAACCUGAGCCGCCACCUACAUUUAUGAAACCCCGCACAAUGUCCACCUCAUCAGACACCAGGCGACCAACCCGAGUGACCCAAAGUGUUACUGACUUCCACCGUACAGAAAAGCCGCUACUUCCAGAGCGUCCUAUAGGCCCAUUGCCCCCUAAACCGGCCAUGAAGCCCAUUCUGCUUCCUGGUAGUGAGGCAGCAAAGACGGCCACGCCCAGUCCGAAACUCCCCAGUCCCUCUCAGGAUGGCCAGGCAGAGGUAUCCAAGACCAUCUCUCUCUCCCAGCCUCAGGAGAAAGAUCCUACAACCCCAUCUCCCCGCAAAGAGAUGCCCCCAGCCCCCUCACCACGGAGGAUUCUCAGAACGGAUAUCAGAGAGCGUUCAGAGAGAGCACAAUCCGUCACUGAAGAGACCCUCCCUAUACCACGGCCCCGCAUGAAGCCCUCUCCCCAGCGCCGUGCUGUGUCUGUCCAUGAGGACUCUCUCCUCCAACACGCGGCCAUGCUUGACCCUGAGGAGCUAAAGGCUGCGCUGCCAAGACGGCAGAGGUCACCGGGUCGGAAGCGAGUGAACCUGGGAGAACUGAUGCCCUGCUCAGAGGAUUUACCAGAGGGUGAGGAAGUGAAAUCUGGGGAAAAGGAAGACGGCACUGGACAGGUCGAUGAGGCAAACAGCACAACAGUCACAGACAGCCAAUCAGAGCAGAGCCCAUCCGAGCUCAGCAAGCAAGUGACCAACCAGGAGAGGGGGGAGACAGUCUCAGAGGAGCACACAACUCGGGGAGAAACAUCAGACCAAAGAACUGAAUCCCCCUCACCUGAGAUACACAUGGACUGACCCUGCGCAAAUCUAUUUUCUAUCAUGUGUACCUUUGCCUUGCACGCCAGAUUAUGUACAAAAGGAUUAAUUAUGAACAAAUGCGU